UUUCUUUGCCUCUUCCUCGCUUCCUGCACUGUUAGAAAGAACACCACGAAACGAUCAACCACGUCUGCAGCUCUUCACACAGCAAACCUAGUGCGGAGAGAUCACAAAGAGACCAGAGCAGACAAGAUGAGACACGAAGCGCUGUAGAGCAGCUCAUCAUCAUGCUCACGGACAGCUCUGCCUUUCUCUGACAGCUUUUUCCUCCAAGCUUUUUUUGCACAGAACUGUAGCCUAAGUAGGUUUUCAUAUGUGGUGAUUAUUAUUUAAGUCUACGUGUUUCAUUUACACUUUUGGGCCUGUUUCACAAUUUACCCCCCUAAUUUAACAGCCUUGGGCAUUUUUCGGGCUUUUGUUGGAGAGAAAAGGACACGUUUCAGGAUUUUUCCCCACUUUGGAACCAUUUGACUCUGGAAAAGCAGAGGCAGAAACAUCAGGCAGAAGAAGGCGGAGGGAAAAGUUGUUUUUUUGUGUGUUUCUUGUGUGUGUUUUUGGAGGCUUGCAGGAAUGUUAAGGCCGGUGCUGCUGUUGCUGCUGACCACCGUCCUCCUGACUGAGAGGGGAAACGGCGAGAAAGAAGUCAGACCAGAGGUAUGGCUGCAGCAGUAUGGUUAUCUUCCUCCUGGCGAUGUUCGAGCGCAGGCCAUGCGUUCCCCAAAGUCUAUCGUCUCUGCCAUCUCAGCCAUGCAAAAGUUCUAUGGCCUCACCGUCACAGGAACUAUGGACCCAGCCACGCUCAAGGCGAUGCAGCGGCCACGCUGUGGAGUUCCAGACAAGUUUGGCUCAGAGAUGAAGAGCAACCUGAGGAGGAAACGCUACGUCAUACAGGGGCUAAAGUGGGAAAACAGAGAGAUAACCUUCAGUAUCCAGAACUACUCUCCUAAAGUGGGGGAGUAUGCCACUCAUGAGGCCAUCCGGAAGGCCUUUAAGGUGUGGGAGUCGGUGACACCCCUGAAGUUCCGGGAAAUUCCAUACAAUCAGAUCAGAGACAGGCCCGAGAAGUUUGCCGACAUCAUGCUCUUCUUUGCUGAGGGUUUCCAUGGCGACAGCACACCAUUUGAUGGGGAGGGCGGCUUCCUGGCCCACGCAUACUUCCCUGGUCAGGGGAUCGGAGGGGACACGCACUUUGAUGCAGCAGAGCCAUGGACGACUGGCAACGUCGACCAAGGAGGUAAUGAUGUGUUUCUGGUUGCGGUGCAUGAGCUGGGUCAUGCUCUGGGUCUGGAGCACUCGGGUGACCCCUCUGCCAUCAUGGCUCCAUUCUACCAGUGGAUGGACACCGAGAACUUUGUGCUGCCUGAUGACGACAGGCGUGGAAUUCAGCAGAUUUAUGGUGCAGGAUCAGAAGAGCCCCACAAGCCCCCUGCCCCACGGCCCACACGCAGACCAGACAGGCCCACUUUUGGACCUGAUAUCUGUGAAGGCCACUUUGACACCAUUGCUAUCCUGCGUGGAGAGAUGUUUGUCUUUAAGGAGAAGUGGUUCUGGCGAAUGCAUGAUGGAAAGCCUCAGCAGGGUUACCCCAUGCCCAUCGGACACUUCUGGAAGGGUCUGCCUCCCUCCAUCAAUGCUGCCUAUGAGCGUGCUGAUGGCAAAUUUGUGUUCUUUAAAGGUGAUAAGUACUGGGUGUUCAGCGAGGCCACUAUGGAUCAAGGAUAUCCUAAAACUUUUAAGGAGCUGGGCACAGGCCUUCCUAAAGACAGGCUGGACGCUGCCCUCUACUAUACUCCCACAGGAAAUACUUACUUUUUCAGAGGCAACAAAUAUUACCGCUUCAAUGAGAACACGCGCUCUGUGGACUCAGAUUACCCCAAACCCAUCAGUGUGUGGCAAGGAGUGCCUGAGAAUGUGAAAGGAGCCAUUAUGAGUGAUGAUGGAGUCUACACCUACUUCUACAAAGCCAACAAAUACUGGAAGUUCAACAACCAGCAGACGAAGGUGGAGGCAGGCUACCCCAAAUCGGUCCUGACUGCCUGGAUGGGCUGUGAAGGGGAGGAGCCUAAAAAGAGGGCCAGGACGGAUGAGGAAGUGCUCAUCAUUGAGAUGGACGAGACAUCAGGGGGCUUUGCUGGAGGGGCGGCAGCCAUAGUAGUCCCCGCUCUUCUGUUGGCUUGUGUGCUCAUCACUCUGGGAGCGCUGCUGUUCUUCCGUCGCUACGGCACCCCACGACGCCUUCUGUACUGCCAACGCUCCCUACUGGACAAAGUUUAGAGACGGAAGGAUGGGAAGAGGAAAGACAAAAACUGCAAUAAAUUGUAUUUUGGCAAAGGAAAGCAUCUUAAAUUUAGUCAAUACAUGUGAUAUAUCUCAUUAAGAGGUUGUUGUCAGACUAAC